CGAGACGUCUGGGCGUGCGAACCUCGUUCGGUUGCGGUCCCACGGGGUUAUAUAAAAUUUCUUAGGAAAUUGUUGGAAAAUUCACCGGUUUCACUCCGCUAACCAAUAGUGCAUUGUUCAACAAUCACCCGUUAGGUGUUUUUCGCACUGGAAAGUGUUGGAAAAGUGUGAAAAACCUGAUAAGAAAAAUCUCUUUUCGCAACCAUAGGCCAAGAAGAGAAAAGUUAUUUUUAUUAAUAUAGUGCUCCCGGGAAUGUACUGCGGGUUUAUAAGAUGAGUGGUAGCGUGCCAUUGAGAUCGCCGACGCCUCCGACCAUGGCAAGUCAUCCAUCGUCUAGAUUUAGAAUUUCAAGAGCCAUGCCAUCGUGGGUGACCGAGAGCAGCGAUCGAGUAGGACCUCCACCACCUCUUCCACCGGCCAAUGCUGAUCCAGAAUACGAAGUCAUUGACGUGGUAAACCAGCAAUAUUCCAAUACACCUCCACCAAUCCCCGUAAAAUCAGCCGACAUUAAACGGAUGACCGUUAUGAAGUGCGACUUGUGUGGAUCUGGAACGCCGGUCGUUCGCUGCGAGCAGUGCGAACAUAACCUCUUUUGCGCAUCAUGUGACGAUCGCUACCAUCGCCAUCCAAAACGUCAAUCACAUACCAGAACCCCCGUAGAAUUGCAAACUACUACCACCACCACUGCUACUACCAGUACUACUGCUACUGCGGUGAAGCCCCCGUUGCCGCCAAAAGGCGAGGCUAGCACGACCGGUCCCCUGGCGCCACCCAGAAGAAACAAACGUCCCGGCAGUUUCCUCUUUCCCAGUCCCCUGCUAGGGCGGAAGCAGGACCAGGACCAGACCAUCCCUACUACGGUUCCCCAAGGUCCGAACAACACUCAGAAGCCACCACAGCCACCUCCAAGCCCGGCUUUGUCUCUACGUGACAAAAUGAACUCCUUGAAGCGAUUCAUUCAUCCAUCAAAUCGACCUCUACCAGAUCCACCGGAAAGCAAGAUUCACUCUUCUACUUCGUCGCUGGACACGGUUUCGAAGCGUUCGUUUUCCAUCGGUACUCCCAAGUCCUUGUCAAGUGCCAUGGAAAAAAUCCAGAACAACACGACUGCCACACUGGAUCGAAUGACCAUGCUGCAGCAACGCUACCGUCAGCACCAGGAAACCAUGCGAGCGGACAACGAUCGAAGCCGACGUGCAAGUCUGUCCUCCAAUGUUGAUAUGCAGUCAUCAGCGCAAAAUAUACGCACAAAACCACCAUCUGUUCCAUCAACACUAAAUCAACAGCAACAACAAUUUCAUCAACAACACCACGCGUUGCAAUCGAGAUGGAUCGAACCACCGACACCCAGAAUAAGAUCUGGCAGUGUUGCUUCGGGUAUCAAUUUGAUGCCCAGUGCUUCUUCACCGACCGUGCCUAACGAGUGCAAUGCCUCUAGCAUUAAUAAUCAAUCGUUUAUGUCCUCCACACAGCGUGCGGAUUUUGGCAACAGGAGUCCCGACUCCGGAUUGCCCAAUCCUCGCAGUACCUCUGUGUUUAAUCUAAACCAAAUGCACCAACAGCCAGUGCAGUCCAAUAUGUGGGGAUUCACUCCACUUCAGCAGGCUCAAUCGAUGGCACACUUCAAUCAGAUGCCCUGGAAUCAGAUGAAUCCUUGGAUGCCAGGUCAGUCGCAGAAUGGAUCAAAUAUAAGCCUCAACGUACCGCUUUCACAGCAGGGUCAAUAUCCGCAAGAUCCAUCUGGCUAUCCACCGGGUUGGAACAACGCGUGGGGAGGAAUGUAUCCGUAUCCAAUGGGAAUGAUGCCAAUGAUGCCCGGAAUGGCAAUGCCUCCUCCCCGAUCGCGAGCCCAUUCACGAUCACGUGCAGCUUCCCCGGCGCUGAGUGUAAAAUCUCGCAAGUCCACCAUAUCGAUGCGUAACCUGAAUCGUAACAGCUACAUGAACGAUCUAACCGAUGACGAAGAUUCCGAUGAGGAGUUCACAAAGUCCCGUGGCCGUCGCGAUCGUCGGCAUCGGCUGAACUCGAACAGUAGUUUGGAUUUUGAUGAACCCGAACCGAACGCAUUUGUACGGGCUUCGAGCGUAAAACCUUCUCGCUUCAAUCGGGAGCGCCGUGGAGGAUCCUCGGCCAGAUCGUUAAUUGAUUAUCCGACGUCAUACAAGCGUGACACACCUCGUUCCAAAUACGAACGUGAAGAAUUACUGCGCGAUCGUUACGAUAAGAUGUCACUGUCGUCCCCGAGGAAGAUGACUUCUGAUUCGUAUACUAAUGAUUCCGAUAGGGACUCGAAUCGCCGGGGAUCCAACAGAUCCAAAUCGAAUAACGAGAGCUUCAGCUCUCCAAGGAAGAUCACUUCAGAUUCCAUGACCAAUGAUUCCGAACCCGAUAUCGAGAGACGCCGUCUGGCGAAGCAAACACGAUCGCCCAGUAGCGUUUCGUCGCCAGUGAAGAUAACUUCUGAUUCAUUCAUGAACGAUUCGGAUGCCGAGUUUGAACGGCGGAAACAGCAGAGACUUAAGGCUUCUGGAUUGUUUGCUCCAAAACGAAUGGAAUCCGAUUCUGUAACUGGCGAGUCCGAUGUAGUGCGUGAAAAGCCCAAAUCAACUGGAACCAGAAAACUUUCCGACACUGAAAAAAAUAAAAUUGUUAAGCCGAAAACAGGUAAAUCAACUCCUAAGAAAAUCCCAUCCGAUUCGCUUACUCCGGAUACGGACGGUGAACAGAAGCGUAGAUUCGCUGCCAAGAAAACAGUGAAGAAAAAUUCCAGCACGGAAUUCAUUCCGAAUGAUUCGGAGGUCGAAUUUGAGCGCCGUAAAGAGGCGAAACGGAAAAGCUCCAACAUUGUCAAUGGAUCUCCGGAAGCUAAAUCCCCAUCGAAAUCCGACGAUGAAGAAGAAAGUGAUCAGAUGAAAACUGUAGAAAUCAAGAACCAGCUCAACGAGUCCAAAUCUGAGCCGAAAAAGUAUGCGGUUGAAGAUUCCCCUCCUCCUCCUCCUGCGCCGCUACUGAUAGCUGCACCUGAUCGUGAAUGGGAGUGCACAUUCUGUACAUACGUCAACGAAGCUGGCGUCAAGGUAUGUGCCAUCUGCUGCAAAACAGUUUCCGUGGCUGUUCCAGCGUCUCCGAAUGGAGAACCAGAAACACCUCGAUCACCGCCGCCAGAUGUCGUCCAGGAGCCACCCUGUGAAAAACGAACAGUUCAAAGUCCGGUCACCGAUGUGAAGAAACCACAAACGAUCAUACCGUCGCCACCUGCCAAAGAGGUCGAUACCAAGAAGAAAGACAAUGAUGAUCAUGAUGAUGAAGAUCGAUUUGAAGAUGGUGUUGAAGAGUCAGAUAAAAUUGAUGAAAAUUUUGUUGAGGAAAAUCAGUACGCAAACCAUGAAAUUCAGUUCUCCGCCCAAGUGAAACCUGAAAAUCCGAAAGGCAGUGGUGAAAUCAAGCAAAAUUUAGACAGUGAAGUGGUCAAAGUUGUGAACAAGGUAGUGAAAGAACAUGUUUCUACAGGUUGUGGUCCAUCUCCUCCUCGGGAAUUUGCCGAAGUCAAAGAACCAACCGAUACAGUCGAUAGUUAUCAUCUUCCCUCGUCAAGAGCAUCCAUCGGAACGUCCCCUCCUCCGCAAGAUAUGUCAACGCAGACGUACGACACAUUUGAAAAGGUUCGCGAAGAUGCCUCGACCACCAAUCUAGUACAGGACAAACCCAUCAACAACCUGACUCAGCCACAGUCCAGCAGCGUCUAUAAACGAUCGCAUUCGCUUGCCACGCCACAACUGCUGCAAGUGAGCAACCCGCGUCCCGACAGUCGUCAGAGCUUUUCAAGUGACACUCAGAAACCGAUGAACUUCGGUCUAUGCCGGCGACAAAGUUUGCCUCCGACUCCACAUGAGUUAAGCCCUCAGCCGCAUCAAACACAGCAAAAUGAUAGCCAUCAGCCAACGCAAACGUCACCCCAUCAAGAAGACGAAAGCAUGUCCUAUUUGGACCGUGCUAUCCAUCAAAUCAUUCAAACCGCUGCCACCAGAACCAAUUUCGGUUCAACCAGACCGCUUGAUCAGCACAAGUACCGUGCGAUGAACGAUCUGCGGCGCAUCGAUACCAAUCAUUCGCGACCGACUACAAUCAACGAAACGCUUCACAAUAAUCGACAGACGACAACAAACAGCAUGUGCGAAAGUCCCACGGAUGCUGCAAACAUGAUGGGAUCGUUGGCGAUCAACAACCAGGACAAUUCAGCUGGUGCUGAAUUGGUGAAUCUUUUAAAGGAAGCAGAACGCAACAAUUUCACUGCUGACGAGCUGCAGGCAGCGUUAAGUCAUUGCAGAGAUAAACAUCCAGUACAGUGGCUUCGCGACAACUGGUCCAAGCUGAUUGAUACUGUACAAACUUUGGCUACCAAAUACGGUCACGAGAAAAGAGAAAAUAUUAUUGGAACCAUUUCAUCUACCGAGGCUCGUGAAGCUCUGCGGCUUCAUAAGGGAAACAUUUGGCACGCCAUUACGGAAUGUAUCGAACAGCGCCAGAAGAAGUAUCAAGAAAUAGCUUCGAAAGGUAACUUCACUCGAGAAGACAUUGUGACAAGCCUUACAGCGCACCAUGGAAACUUAGAACUGGCAAUGGUUGAGCUUAGUAAAACACAACUUAGACCGUUCCUAAUGCGUAUCUGGGGUCCUCCAAACGGAGCAGACAACGAUUCGGGUAACUUGCUUCUGCAGCAAGCUCUGAAAGAGGAUCGGAGUGGAAUUAGCACCGAAAUCCAGGAAUUUAUUAGUGCACAUGUCGAGAAGGAACUGUUGUCGGAUAAUAAUUCCCAGUGUACGACAACGACAACUGUUGAGGUAGAAGCGGUGAGUUAUCCCGAAGAAAAAUCCGAUGCAUGCCAGGAUACUACUAACCACACCGCCACCAAUGGUAACGGUAAAUGCGAUCUCGCAGAUGAGGAAUCCGUAACAUCGAAUACAGUCAUCCUGAGAGACAUCGAGAAACUGAUAGAUCAAAUGGAAAAGAACCAGACAAAUCAAAACGAGGAUGUGCUCAAAAAUAUCCAGCAUCUGCUAACCAAACUGGUAGAGAAGAACGGAACUCGACCAGCAUCGCAAGCUUCGGUACGUUCAGAAUCAUCCGAACGAAUCAUUGUGAAAAGUCCAAUUCUACUACCACGUACGAAUCAACCAACCGAAGACGAGACGAAACCAAUCUACGAAGACAUCCGAAGCUUUAUGGCCGAAAACAUCCAAGAGGUUCUUCCAAGUCUUGUUGACCAAGUACAGCAAGAACUGGAAAGUGUGCCCAUCCGAACGGAACGAACUCUGGAGGACGACAUACGAGAGACGCUCAUGAACGCAGACUACUCAGAAGGAGAAUAUUCGACGUUACAUACUUUCCCAUUCAAAAAACAUGACGACGAUACCUUUGGGUUCCCGAAUCUGAAUAAGAUAUCGUCAAUAGGAUUCACGAAUGCACAGGAGGAAGACAACGAAUAUGAAAAUAUACAGGACUUCCUGGUAAAAGCUAUUCGAACUGAGAGACUGACGAAUGAUUUCGAACAGUACAAGACUCAGAACUACCGGUUCGACAGUAGUUCUGAUGAGGCUAGAUAUACGGCCGAUUCAACUGACUAUUACGACAUUGUUGCAGUUAACCAAAGAAUUCAAGACUUACUGAACAGAAACAGAGAGGUAGUAUCGAGUUUGGGUUCAAUGGAAAUUGCUCCAUUGCAACAAGUACCAUCGACUCCAACGGAAAAGCCGCCGGUCGAGGAAGCGAUCUACGUUAAUACAGCUGAAAUAACAGCUAUGGUUGCUGCACUGCCUAGUCCUGAGGUACCGGAUAGAAAACAGGUGAAAAAACGUCGUGUAUCGAGAAUCCCGGUUAACAAAGAUAACUAUCUCCAGCGUAGGCCGAUGAAAAGUUCCUCUGAAAGUGAUUUCGAAGCAAUUGCUCACAAUCACAAAUCUCCCAUUGCAGCAAUGCAUAUCGAUCAUGUUGAGGAACUGCGGCACGUUGUAGAUAAUAUCGAAAAAAUUGAACACGAGCUUGACAUGAUGCCAAACGACCUGGAGAGUCCACAGGUAGAAAUGGAACAACCGAUCUACGAUAAUGUCACAACAACUGCUGAACUCACCGUAGUAGAAAAACAUCCUGUAGCUAUCGAGGAACAAUCCAUAGUGGAUACCGUCCCGAGUGAUCAACAUGAUAAGGUUCCCGAUAUUGCAUCUACAUCUGCACAGAAUCAUGAAAUGCAUGAACAAAGCCAAACAAAUGUUGUUGUUUGCGAUCCUGUGCCUGCCAUUGCGAACGUAGAUGUAGUCGCACAAGAAGUAGUUAAAGUAGAUGAAGUCCCCUUGAACUCACUUCCAGAAAUAGUUGAAGCUCCCUCGAACUCACUUCCAGAAAUAGUUGAAGCUCCCUCGAAUUCCUAUCCAGAAACCGUUGAAACUCACUCAAACUCCCUUCCAGAAAUAGUUGAUACUUCUGAAGCAUCCCUAAAUCUAGCUGUCCACAUUCCUCAUGAAGCCCCCAUAGUAGAAACAAACGUAGUCCAUUCCCAAGCUCAGCCAUCACCGAAAACUCCUGAAGAAGUUGUUAUUCAAUCCCCGCCCAAAAGUCCUACCAUAAUACAGAUCGUUGAUGCAUCACAGGUCGAACCAGAAUCCACCAACGAUGAACCAACGACUGUAUCACUGUCCAAACCGUCCAACAACCUGUCAGACCUAGUACUGGACACGAAGCGCCUGAUUCAACAGAUGAAAGACGAGAUCGCAUCCGAUAUGGCAACCCUUGAGGACGAAGAUGAGAUUUACGAUGACGAAUACUACGAAGAAGAGGAAGACUGGACUGAAGGUGAAGAAAUGAUGGAAGAAUGGGAUUCAAAUGAGGAAUACGACAUUGACGAAAAUGGUGACUUCAUCGAAUACGAAGACGAAGACGAUGACGGUUCGGUAAUGUUUAGCGAGAUAGCUCCGGAAGAUGUUGUGCAUCCGACGGGGCAAGUAAACGAACUUGCCAUUCAAAUUGAGGCAAGGAUUGAGGAUAACAAACCUGAGCUUCCGAAGAUGAAUGCAGCGUUGGUGAGGGAAAUUGAACGAAACAGUGCCUCAGAGGUCAGCGAUCUACCGUUGGACAGUGAUUUCAAUGAUACUUUGAGUGUUAUAGACCAGUCGGUUGGUGAAGUUACUGAUAUUUUGAGCUUAGCCGUGCGAGGACUUACGGUAAACAAUCAACUGGAAUACGACGAGUCUUCAAGUGCAGAAACUGUACAAAAUAGCCCAGAAGUUAGCGAGAUCAGUGAGGUUACGCUUGUAGCAGAUGCGACUGAUUCUACCGAACCGACACUGGUAGCGGAAGAAAAUUUGAAUUUGACCAUGAGAAACGUACAGACCUUGUUGAAUGCAAAGGUUGUCAUAGGAGAAUUCAUCAAAAUCAACAUGGUUGGAAAUAGCGAUACACGUCAGGUGGAGGUUGGAAACGACACCGAAGAGUCAAAUCACGUUGGAAGUGCAGGCAUAGAUUUAUUGCCAGUGCAAUCAAGUCAAACUGCAGCAUCACAACCCGACAUGGCUGAACAUCAGGCUACAAAACGCACUGUAGGACCCGUUCCACAAACAAUAUCUGCAGACAGUAUAUCGAAGGAUAUAACACAAGUGUAUGCAGAAAACGAAGCCACAUCUGCAACGCAUGUACUUGACGCUACCAUAGAGAUGUUAAACUCUGUUGCAAGAGAUUUAACCGAACAGUUGCAACAGGUUUCAUCAGUUAACGAACCGGUCGUUCAGGAGAACAACCGAGAAACUACUAUACCGGAAUAUGCCACUGUAAACAAGAACACAACCACAGGACAUUUGACAGAAUUGACAACCAUUGAUAUACAAGGGCAAUCUACGCAAACUGUUGAAAACGAAAUGCCUGAAUACGUAAACGUCAUUGAACUUCAAAGUAUGCUACUUGAAAACGGAAUAGCUAGUGAGUUCGAGCAAAACGUGGUAAACGGAUCCCAAGACUCAUCAAAUCAGGAAGAUGUUGGUCAUAUUGAACUCCAAAGUAUGCUACUUGAAAACGGAAUAGCUAAUGAGAUCGAGCAAAACGUGGUAAACGGAUACAAAGACUCAUCAGAUCAGGAAGAUUUUGGUCCCCAACAAAAACAAGUGGUUACUCAAAUACCUGACUAUGCAACUGUGGUCAAGACUGGUAGAGAAAUCAUAUUGAUCAGUUCGGAACCAGCUAAACUUGAAGGGGCUGCUUCAGCUGAACAGCAUCAACCAGCUCAGGAUCUUUCAGCAAUUCCCGAAACGCAACCAAGCACUGUUGUUUCUGAAGUAGUGGAAACUUCAAUAGGAAACAUUCAAGAAACUACUACAUCAAACGCUAUUCAAGAAAAUCUAUUAGAGCCAACGCUACAGCAGCCCACACAUUUUGAACCGAUUCUGUCAUCUGAAUCUGAUAAUGCUCUUGAAACAGAAGAAAUUCCUCCGGAACAGAACGAACAAACAACUAACCAUACACUUUCAAGUAGUUCAUCCGCAACAGAAAUCCAGUCACACGUCUGGCUGGAAACCUUACGUCGGCGCUCAAGCGAAAGCUCGAGCGAAACAAGUGUUAUUGCAUUACCCAUGGCUACUGAGCGAAAUAUUGAAAAAUCUAGGUCAAUUGUAUCGAUUAGUGGUCCAGCUAGCGGCACUAGUGUUCCAAAUGAUCAAGAUCAACCAAUUGAUACAACAAACCUGGGUAAGCAAUCUCUCAGUAAUGUUUCAACUGACGACAAAACAGCGACUCCAGAACCGACUUCUCAACAAGUUUAUGUUUCGGAAUCUGUACAUGAAUCUACAUUAGGUUCUUCGAUUGAGACUGACAGUGUUGAAUCAACUUCUACUACAAACGAACAAUUUGUUUCUGAAGAGAUGGAGACACCCAUUAUAGGCACUACGCCUGCUGACGAGCAUGAGGACACACGUACCAUCACCAACGGAGAAAUACAAGAUGAUACUCAACGGUCAUCAACCUCGCGUGAACCAUCCGAAGAGCCAUCCAGUUUCAUAGAAAUCCAGCCUUCACAAGUGAUCAUCCAUUCACCAAACAUUGAAGCAUCCGCUUCACAGUCGUCAUCAUCAGAAGCUCAACCGCAGUCAUCAAACAUCUAUGAAAACGUUCAGGUCAUUUCAUCCGCUUCCAAUGGUUCUCCUAUCAAGUCCACAAAGGUACCCCUAAAAAUUCCGACUCCUUACACUUCUCAGUCAUCAUCACAGAGCACUGCUAGCAAAAAAUCAUCCACUCCAUCCACUCCAACAAACGGCCAGAAAACAAUCAAAAUCAUUAAAACCAAACCCAAAACCACCACCGACACCAAAAAGAAAACUGCCACCACAUCCGAUUCCUCUAGCCGUAGAAACUCACUUCGCAAGAACUCUAUUGGCAGUCCGUUCGGUCCCAUGCAGACCAACACCGUCAAGAACAUGCAGAAAGAGUUCCUCAACAAGACACAGAAAGAUUCAUCAAAAUCGACCACCAUCACACCGAAACCAAAACCAUCCAAACUGGUGCAACCAAAGGCUUUCAUUAAUAAUAAGCUUAUUAACCCUAUUACACCCACUCAGCCGAGCACUGCGGCGAGCACUAGUAAGGCUUCAACGCCUUCCGUGGAACCGGGAUCGUCUCGUUCCACUCCUGGGCCGAGUUCAUCUAAGAGCACACCUGGAGCAUCGCGCGAAGGUUCGGUCACCUCGGAACAGAGACGCAAACUCAGAAAGAAAUACAUGGAAACAUGCUUCAGUGAUGACUACUUCAGCUCGGAUGACGAUGAUGAGUUCACAACCACGAUCACGGAUAGCGAAAGUCGCACGAUCAUUCGAUCACUGGUGAAGCCAUACGAGCCAAGCGAAGAGCCACCAGAAGUACAAGCGCGACGUUUGCUGGACGAAGGUCACGUUCAGUCGUAUCAGCAGGCAGAAUUAGCGGUCCAGUUGAUCGAAAUGAGAUACAACCACGACAAUGCCAUCUGGGCUGCAACCCAGUGCCAUACCAUCGAGGAAGCCAAGAACCUCUUGCAGAAAGAAUGCGAACUAUGCCUGGGAUUGUACCCUAUGAACGAAAUCAUCUCAAUGCUGAAGUGUACGCACACCUGCUGCCUGGACUGCGCCAAGGUAUACUUCACCGAGGAAAUCAUGCACCGUUCAAUUACCAACUGCAACUGUCCGUACUGCAAGGAGCCAGAUUUGAACAAUGCUGACGUGACGGAAGAUGAUGUUUUGGAGUACUUUUCCAAUUUAGACAUUCUGCUGAAGAACAUAGUGGAUGAGGAGGUGCACGAUCUGUUCCAGCGGAAACUUCGCGAUCGUACGCUGAUGCAAGAUCCUAACUUCAAAUGGUGCGUCGAUUGUUCGUCCGGAUUCUUCGCUCGGCCACGUCAAAGGAGACUCAUCUGUCCGGAUUGUGGAUCGAUUACUUGCUCGUCCUGUCGGAAGCCUUGGGAAUCGCAGCAUGAAGGCAUCUCGUGUGAGCAAUUCACCGCAUGGAAGGAAGCCAACGAUCCCGAACUACAAGCCCAAGGCGUUGCCCGGCAUCUGCAGGCACACGGCAUCAGCUGUCCGAACUGCAGGUUCAAGUACUCCCUGUCACGUGGUGGAUGUAUGCAUUUCACCUGUACGCAGUGCAAAUAUGAAUUUUGCUUCGGCUGCAAUAAACCGUUCAUGAUGGGUGCCAAAUGUGACGUAUCUCCGUACUGUGCCAAGCUAGGUCUCCAUGCUCACCAUCCGCGAAAUUGCUUGUUCUAUCUGAGAGAUAAAGAUCCGAAGGAUCUGCAGACGUUACUAACGAUGCACAACGUCACGUACGACACCGAACCUUCCGAGUUGAUGAAACGAGAAUUCUUAGAAGGUGGUGGUACAUCCAUGAAGUGCCCUAUUCCACUGCAGAGAGAAACACCAGCCGGUCUGAUGGACACCAUCUGUAAUGGUGACGUUCCCGAAGGAUACGCCGGCCUGUGCAGAACACAUUAUGUUGAAUAUCUGGUAGGCGCGGUAUCCAAGGCACAAGUUGAUCCCCUGCCAAUCCUGGAUUUGACAGAUUGUGUCCAGGAAUUGCGCAGACGGGGGAUGUCUCUGCCGGAACGGGGUCCUUGGGAUACCGACGAAAUCUACCGUGAAAUGUGCCAGAAGAUCGUCAAAGAGCAAAUUCCAUUGAACUGAACAUCCCGCAGAAGAUAUCGACCAGCUGUCAUCUUAAACCGUAAGGAAGCAUGAUAUAGGAAAUUGAUGCUGUCAUCUCUCUGAAAAAAGAAAACUUCUAUGAUACUCAAGUUACCCUAAGCGCUAUUGAAAAAAAAUAUAUUGUUACAAUCACGCAUUCUACUGUUACGUUGAACAUUGUGCUAUUGGUUAGGUACCUACACUAUACUAUCCUGAUCCUCUAAACUUACUCAAUGAAAAGUAUGAUUCAUCAGUGAUCACUUUAAUUGUUUUAGAUUAUUAUUCAUUAAAUAUUAAUCUUAUUGAAGAAACAA